CAAAACCCCUUAAACCCGCCAAACUAGCAUCGCGGGAGAACGCUCUCGACAACCUUCUGCCACAGGUGGUAUCGCACUCCAAGCUGGUCUGGACACACUCAAUGCCCUGUGGCAUCUAGGCACCGCUGCUUCUCUCUUCCCAUACUACCCCUCCGGCGACCUCCACCGCCUGACCUUGCCCGAGUGCCCCUCUUGCUGCUGCCCAGGCUGUCGUCAUGGUCAGACUGCGGGAGAUCUCGCGCACCGCGGCGUUUGCCUGGUCGCCAGGCGCCGGCAAGCCAUACCUCGUCACAGGUACACGAGCUGGAGCUGUCGACGCAGACUUCUCGGACGAGACCAAGCUAGAGCUAUGGGACCUAGGUCUCGAUGACAAGCAGCAGCCUCUUGAGCUCCAGCAGCCGUUAGCCAGCAUCGUCACCGACUCAAGAUUCUAUGAUAUCGCUUGGGGUCAACCUUCCGAAGCCCACCCGAAGGGCAUCAUUGCUGGCGCCCUGGAGAACGGAUCGCUCGACUUGUGGGACGCUGAGAAACUACUGGACGGCGACGAUGACGCCCUCAUCUCACGGACAACCAAGCACACCGGCGCUGUCAAGUCUUUGCAGUUCAACCCUCUCCGGCCACAGAUCCUUGCGACUGCCGGUGCCAAGGGCGAGCUCUUCAUCUACGAUGUCAAUGACCCCGAGAGCGCAUUCCGCCUCGGCACCGCCGCUGCGCGAUCAGACGACUUGGAAUGUGUCGCUUGGAACAUAAAGGUCGCGCACAUCCUUGCCACAGGUGGCUCGGGAGGAUUCGUGACAGUGUGGGAUCUCAAGACGAAGAAGGCUUCGUUGACAUUGAACAACAAUCGCAAGGCUGUCAGCUCCAUUGCCUGGGACCCGAACAACUCUACAAAGCUUUUGACAGCGACACCUGACGACACGGCGCCUGUCAUCUUGCUUUGGGAUCUUCGGAACUCGAAUGCCCCGGAACGGACUCUGCAGGGCCACGAGCAAGGCGUCCUCUCGGUCUCAUGGUGUCUCCAAGAUCCCGAGCUUCUUAUCUCGUCUGGAAAGGACAACCGCACCCUGAUCUGGAACCCAGCCACGGGCGAGCGCUUUGGGGAAUUCCCCGAAGUUACCAACUGGACUUUCCUCACCCGCUUCAACCCCCACAACCCGAGUAUAUCGGCCACCGCUUCUUUCGAUGGGAAGAUCACCAUCCAGACACUGCAGAACACCAAUCCCUCAGCUACACAGAACAUCGUCCAGAAUAGCUUGGAUGGUGAGGACUUCUUCACGCAAGCACAGACACAACCGCAAGGUGCCGCUUUCUCGCUGCCAAAGGCGCCUCGGUGGCUCGAAAGACCAGUCGGUGCAUCUUUCGGAUUCGGUGGCAAGCUCAUUGUCUUCAAACCAACAGCGUCACAGUCUGGCCAGAAGCGAUCAUCAAGCAUCCAGAUCGCCCGUUUCACUGUUGACUCCGACAUUGGUUCCGCAACUGAGAAGUUUGAAGAGUCAUUGAAAUCUGGUAGCAUCGCGGCGAUCUGCGAGGCACGGAAGGAUGAAGCCGAGACCGAGGAAGAGAAGGCCGACUGGCAAGUCAUGGAGACUCUCCUUGCCGAGAACCCGCGCCAGAAAAUCGUGGAAUGCCUGGACGUGGCUGAUGCCGUGAAUGGUGUUUCUGACGAUGAGGACGAUGAGGACGAUUCCGAAGACGAGGCCGACAAAGCGCCUCCGGCACCCAAGGCCACGUUGGAUGUCAAGGGCCACAAGAAGCGGAUAUCUACCUUUUUCUCGUCCGACGGCGCAGAAGUCGACGGCGAGGACUUCCUGGCCAGUUUGUCAGCAACCAAAGGUGCAAAGACAGAUAACCCCUUCAGCCUGUUUGACGACAAUGACUCUGCUUCAGAAAAGCGUAUCACCCAAGCACUUACGCUGGGCAACUUUGCCAAGGCUGUCGAGGUAUGCUUGAAAGAGAAGCGCAUGGCAGACGCCUUUAUGAUUGCCAACUGCGGCGGUAAGGAGCUUGUGGACAAGGUCCAAGCUGCUUAUCUGACGCAGAAGACCGGCAUGCCGAGCUACCUCCGCCUCCUCAGCUCUGUCAUUGUCAAAAACCUUUGGGACGUGGUUUACAAUGCCGAUCUCUCCGCCUGGAAGCAUACUAUGGUCACUCUCUGCACCUACGCGGACCCGGCAGAGUUCCCAGACUUGUGCGAAGCUCUGGGUGACCGUAUCCUGGAAUCUGGUGACCGCAAGGAUGCCAGCUUCUGCUUCCUUGUUGGAUCAAAGCUCGAGAAGGUUGUAGACAUUUGGAUUUCGGACCUUGAGGAGGCCGAGAAGGCCGCUAUUGCCAACGGUGACGACACUAUCUUCUCCAUCCACGCCCGUACCCUGCAACAGUUUAUCGAGAAGGUCAGCAUCUUCCGUCACGUUACCAAGUUCCAGGACAGCGAGAUCGGUCUGGCGUCCGACUGGAAGCUGGCGUCACUCUAUGACAAGUACGUCGAGUACGCGGACAUUGUUGCCGCCCAUGGCCAGUUGGACAUCGCCCAAAAAUACCUGAGCCUACUCCCUUCUCAGUACCCACCUGCCACGCUCGCCAGGGAGCGGGUCAACUUGGCGACCAAGAAACCGACCGCAACUACAUCCGCUCGACAGCCUGCUGCUGGGGCUCGUACGUCGUCAAGAGCACAGCCUAGCAUGGGCUUCCAAGCUCCUCAGCCUGCUCCGCAACCCCUGAACCCCGUCACACCCUCGGCGUACGCCCCCUCGCAGACACCAGGACAACAGCAGUAUGGUGUACCCACGCCUGUCGCAAGCAACCCGUAUGCGCCUCCCAAUGCCUCAACAGGCUUUCAGCAGCCCGCCGCAAAUCCGUACGCACCACCGGGAAACAACCCCUACGCGCCCAAGUCUGGAUAUCAGACUCCUCAGCCAGGCCCUCAAUUCAAUGCUCCCGCUCAAGCCUACGGACCGCCGCCCACAGCUAUUGGUGGCCCCCCUCGCAGUGGCACUCCCUCCUCCCGACCUCCGCCUCCCAAGCUCUCGGAGGUGGGCAACUGGAACGAUGUCCCCGUAGUCUCGCGGCCUCCGCCGAGGAAGAAUACGCCGAGCAUGGCCCCUGUAACGUCGCCCUUCGGCGCACAGCCUGGCAUCAUGUCACCUCCGCCGCAGGGUCAAUUCGGCCAAGCCACCAAUACUCCUCCUCCGCCCCCUAAGGGAUCUGCGCCCCCGCGUGUUGGCUCUCCAUCUACUGGACCUCAGUUCGGUGGUGCGUUGCCGCCGCCGCCGCGGACCGGCUCAUCACUCGCCAAUGCUUACGCGCCGCCGCCCAACAUGCAGCAAAGCCCAGUAGCCGGCUCGGGCCUGCCGCCACCUCCGCCGAUGGGCGGCGUGGUGCCCCGAACAGGGUCCCCAUACAACCCGCCGCCAUCUGCUGGUCCGCCGACGAACCGCUACGCCCCAGCGCCAUCGUCGCAGCCGACGAACCAGCCUCCGCAGCAAAACUUUGCCCCCCCUCCGCCACAAGGCUUCUCCGCGCCCCCGCAAGCUGGGCCGCCUCUGGCUGGGCCUCCCCGUGCUGCUGGCAACUCGCCUGCGCCGCCGCCUCCUCAAGCCGCGCCCCCGAGAGCGGCAGCACCACCCCAGAAGCCCAGACAUCCUGCCGGCGACAGGUCUCAUAUCCCACCCAAUGCCUUGCGCGUGGUUGAUGUGCUCAGCCAGGAUAUGCAACGGGUUGCGGCCAAGGCUCCUGCCUCCUUCGCGCCUCAGGUGAAGGAUACUCAAAAGAGGCUUGGUCUUCUGUUUGAUCACCUCAACAAUGAGGAGCUCAUUAAGCCUGACACCAUUGAGCAGUUGACUCAGCUCGCCAAUGCACUAGAGACCCAGAAUUACGUGGAGGCCCAGCGGCUCCAGGUUGAGAUUCAGCGCGACAAGACCGAGGAGUGUGGCCAGUGGAUGGUUGGCGUCAAGCGCCUGGUGCAGAUGAGCAAGGUUACGAACUAGAGUUGAAAGCGCACCACGGAGACAGCUAGAU